AUGUCUGAUCCACGAUUAAUUGAUAUGGAGCCUGGUGGGGAAAGUACCCAAUACGAGUCCAUCCGACUGUACACCAAAACGCCCGACAAGCAAACCGGGCAAAUGGGGAGCGGAAAAACGCCGACUGAAAGCCAGCUUAGCACCAAGGACGACCCCGUACUCGAGGGCAAUGCCAGUGGUGACGAAUACAAGUUGGCACAGAAGCUAGGAAGGGGCAUGGAGAAGGAAUCUGAAGAGGACCUUGACACACCAGGCGAUGCAGCCACCGCCAAAGCGAGAAGACAGCAGGGGUAUGGGCCCGGCUCUGAUGUCGGGGCUUAA